AAAAAUCUCUUUAAAAGUCUUCCAACAAAAACUAGUACCUUACAAAAAAACUUAAAUAAAUACUCAACAAAAAACAACACCCGCCCUAACAACAACAACAAAAAGCAAACUCUCAACUAAAUCAUGAGUAGUCAACCCGCCAGUCAACCGGAUAGUAUCGAUUUGGCCUAUGAUAUGUGGGCUGGACAAUUUGAAUUUGUAGGCCCAACAACAUCAACUGCAACAAACAGCUCUUCAUCGACAACAGCGUCUAACAAUCAAAAGAAAUCCUUACUUAAUAAUACUCUUAAAUUUGGAGAUCGUUCAGCUAGUCAUAAACUAUCGAAUGAAAGUUUAGAAGAUUUAAAUUUAAACUUUAACAAUCCCACAAACAAUACGCAAGCCUAUUCCCUAGGUUGUGGCAGUGUUGGUGGUUACGAAACAGAUUAUAGUAAACAUCCUCCUAUACUUAUCGAUCAAGAGACAUUUCUUAGUUUAAAUCCACAAGAUUUUGAUGAUAUUGUGCCAUCGGGUCCAAAUUCCCUAAUAUUUAUCGAUAAUAAACUAGUGGAUACAGAGUGUAAUAAUAACAAUAACAAUAAUCAUAAUAAAAUUAUUAAUUACGAAAGUUUAACUAAUAAAUGUAAUAAUAAAACAAAUAAUACCAAUACAAACGGUUUUAAAUUGGAAAAUUUGAAAAAUUUUAAAAAUAAAUUAAUCUGUGAUUACGAGGAAAAGGCCCUAAGUGAGAAUAAUAACAACAACAAUAGCAAAAUGAAUGGCAUCAGUUUGGAAAUGUGUGAAAAUUUAAAUGAACAACUGGAAUUACUACAGCGUCAGGUGACAGAUUUAACGGAUACAAAAACCACUGUCGAGGAUUUAACCUCACGCACAAAAACCGAAUAUGCGGUAUUGCAGGCACGCUAUCACAUGCUGGAAGAGCAGUUCCGGGAGGCUGAAUUUCGUGCCGAGGAUCGUUUAGCCGAAGAACAAAAACGCCAUCGCGAGCUUUUGGCUCGUGUAGAGCGUGAGGCUGCCUUACAGAAUGAAAACUGUCAGAUCAAAAUCAAAACCAUAGAAAUCGAGGCCAAUGCUUUGCGUGAGGAGAAUCAACGUUUGCGUGUCCUAUGUGACAAACAAGCCAAUGAUCUACAUCGCACUGAGGAGAAAUUUGAACUGGCUAGAGAUCAAAUUGUGGCUCUGCAACAGGAUCUCGAUGAGGCUUUACAAAAGGAACGUAAAUAUGAAAAAGAAAAGAAAACUUCAGAAGAACUAAUGCUCGAGUUAAGUAAAGAAUUGGAACGUUUGAGGGCGGAAACUGGGCCGGCCUUGCCCACCACCUCACCCGAAUCCAUAAGACUGGAAGAACUACAUCAGGAGCUAGAGGAAAUGCGUCAAAAGAAUAGAGCUUUGGAAGAACAAAAUGAAGAACUGCAGGCUGCUGUUUUAACUCGUGGCGUGGAGGAGGGUCGCCAUUUGUUGAAUGGCACUUUGAAUAGUUUGGCUCAAGAAUUGGAAGAAAUGUCACAAGCUCAGGAUUCUGUGGAUUCAACCACAUUAGCAUCCUUAAGUCAGUUACAACAAGCCUUCCAGGAGAAAGAGGAAGAAAACACCCGCCUUAAACAUUAUAUCGAUACAAUAUUAUUAAAUAUUGUGGAAAAAUGUCCUCAAUUAUUGGAAGUUAAAGCCAUAAAUAAUAAAUAAUAGUUAUUAAUUAAUUAUAUU